AUGAAGCCAACAAUAUUGGUUCCACCAGUACCUAAAAAGCCGUUAUUGUUAUAUCUCACAACUACGGAUAAAGCAAUAGGGGCUUUGCUUGCUCAAUACCUAGAGGAGUUUAGGAAAGAGAAUGUGAUUUAUUAUAUUAGCAAGAAGAUGUUGGCUUUUGAAGAGAAGUAUUCACCACUUGAAAAAACAUGUGUAGCACUUGUAUGGGCAACCCGAAAACUCAGACAUUACAUGCUUGUUUUCAAGGUCUUGUUGAUUGCAAGAAUGGAUCCUUUGAAAUAUCUGAUGGAGAAGCCAGUGCAAGAUGGGAAGAUAGCUAAAUGGGUUCUACUUCUAUCAGAAUUUGAUAUUAAAUAUGUGACUAAAAAAUAUGUAAAGGGAAGAGUGAUUGCUGAUCGCUUAGCCCACUAUUCACUUGAAGAAACCGAAGAAAUCCAAGGAGACUUUCUGGAUAAGGAUAUCAUGGGGAUAGAGUUAGAAUCGUGGAAGAUGUAUUUUGAUGGAGCUACUAAUCAGAAUGGAAGUGGCAUUGGAGUUCUCUUAAUUUCUCCAAAAGGGACACACAUCCUAUUUUCUAGUAGGCUUAACUUUCUUGCCACUAAUAAUGCCACUGAAUAUGAAGCUUGCAUAAAGGGGUUACAAGCGGCCCUAGGUCUUGGAGUGAAAGAGUUGGAAGUAUAUAGUGAUUCAUCCUUGAUAAUUUCUCAAAUUCAGAGUAGAUGGAAGAUCAAAGAAGAAAAAAUGAUGCCUUAUCAUGAAUGUCUGCAAAAGUUGGCCUCAAAAUUCAGUAAGAUUCAGUACCAAUAUGUGCCAAGAAUGUAG